AUGCCUCACCAGCGAACUAUACAGAUAAAUAAGCCAUUCUCGCAGAGAUCAGUCAGGCAUGCUCCUGCAGGCUGCCGUGGCGGCAAUGGUAUUCGCACUUUCACAACACACUACGGACAGGUUUCAACACAACUGUCUGUCGUGAAGGAGACGGGUCCCCCCAGGAGGAUACUAGGGAAAAACUGGAGGGGUAGCGCCAGGAAAUCAUUACCAAAGAUCGAAUAUGAACCCUCUACAAGUGUGCUCCGCCGGUGCCCCUCUAGCUUUCGCCAUCGCAAGAAACGAACGCCAGCCUCGGCGCUGUACCACUGGCUCGAUUUAGAAAAGGAGGAUGAAAAGUGUCAAUUUUAUAAAAAUACCUGGCCAGACUUAGACGGCGAUUACCCUCACUCGCAAGUUCUACGCACGCUUCAGACAUUGCUAGAAUUGCAUCAUCACGAUGUAUUUAGCAUACCUCCACCAACACCCACUUAUCGUGAUAUCACGCCCGGUGCCAACGGAGAACCAAAUCAAGACAAGAUUGAUGAUGUGGAGCUACAUUCGUGGGCCUGGAUUUUGUUGGGUGACGGGGCAGACGGGAAGAUCGAACGGUUCUUCGCGUUGAAUUCACGGAAGCCGCCCUUCCUUUUGCUGAUUAUCUUGCAAUGGGAUAUCAGAAAGGUGGAAUCUCUGCGCCAGGUCGUAGUGUACUUUUGGACUGAAAUCUUGAAGCAAUCAGCCGAAGCGGUUGCUGAAUCAGAAAAUAAUGGCAUUGGUUUCCCGUCAGAAGCUUCCCGUGUCGUCUCUGCGGACCAACCUUAUGCUCUGAGUGACGCGAGUUUCAUGCGCUUUGUUACUCGUUUGCAUUAUCAUGCCCGGAAGACCUGGCCUGCUGCAUUACCAAGUAUAAACGCGUCCCUAGGACAUUACUUUGGCAUGGUAUUGUUCCGUACCUCUGUAAGGGCUGAUGAGUUAAGUCCAAAGCUCCAUCGGCGGUUUUGUCGUCUAUAUAAUACCUUUAUACACCGGCUUGGCCUCCCUUCCGUAGAUCCCUACAAUUCUAUGGCCCAGUAUCUGAAGGCGCAAAGGAUCCUUUUCGCGUUGGAGGACAAAUUUGAACCUUCAUUAUUGCUUGACGAACGUAGCUACCACACAACAAUUGCGAUAUUUGCUGCAUCCGAGAAGUCGCAAAGAGAGUCAAAAGCUGCAAGUCUGCAGGUCAGAGGAUGGCCCCCAUGGCGAAAAGCUCAAGAUGGAAUCGACGAACGAAGGACGCCUGAGCAAGACAAGAGCCGAGUGCUUCUAGCUUUGGCACAGAAGAACACUUCUGGCUAUAGAGAUCGUCACGUUAUAGAUGAGGUUCUCAGAAUCCACGGUGGAGAAGAGCUAGACCUGACGCCAACUAUACAUACACGACGAUGGGUCACUGAUAGGUAUAACAGGUCACUCAAGGCCCUGGAAAACCCGUCGACGAAUCCAAAAGUAUGGGCUGCCAGAAUCACGGCCACUCGGGACGUGCAAGAAGCAUGGAGUGCCUUCGAGGAAUACCGUCAGAAUCUGGGUGACCCAUCACUGGCUAUGUUCUUUGCAAUGUUUCAGAAACUUGUAUAUGAGAAUCUAAGAAGAGCACGAAACGAUCCAGGGCCUAUUAUCCCUGGCGAUGGGCUUGAGGUUUUACCAGUACCCGAAAACAAUUUCAGUGAAUCUUACAAAGCACACUUGCAACCACCAAGUCUUUUGGAGCUCUAUGACGAGAUGCUUGCUUGCGGCAUUCUCCCUGCUGGGCGCUGUCUUUCGUUCCUUGUUAAGCAUGCACCUUCCAUUACUCGGGGUUUAAGCUAUCUGCGAGAUAGCAAACUGUUUCAACCUGCCCAGCUUUCAUGGCUUGAAGGUGUACCUGACAGAAAAGACAUUGUUCUACCUGACAAUAGAUCUAUUGUUCUCUCUAUUCCAGAGCAUAUUUUCGCAGCUGUUGUCUCCCUCAAAUGUCGUUUUGCUCUUCGAGUAUUGAGGGACAAACCCGAAGCCAUGAACACCGGACUUAGUACCGCAACCCUCCCCUCUGAUCAUCCUCUUAUCCCCAAAGAUCAAAGCUCAGAGGCAAAAUUCCACGGGACUUUCAGAUCGCUUCCGCAUGUAGCCAGCCUUAUGAAAGCGCAGAGAAGCUGCUACCGGCCGACUUGGUAUGCUCUCUUUAAAGCGAUCGCGCGGCCGGGCACUGUCAUGGCUAAGCCCUUUGCUGGUACGCAAAAGGAUGAUCGUCUAUCCUGGCGUGUGCUCGAAGCAGCCCUUAAUGACUUCCAUAGUUUGGGGCUCGAGUUGGACCCACAGGGAUUUAACAUCAUAUGUUAUGGGCUGUGUAAAGCAAUACCAGCGCUCAAGUCUGAACGCGGUGAAUUCUACGACGCAGCUCGUGUUACCGAAACACUGAAACUGGAGUUUAAAGAAAUGUGUAAAGCUUCAGAGCCUUCGCAUCUUUUACCUAGUCUUUCAUACUCAGUUCGUAGUCCGCACCUGCAUGCUUACGUGAGAGCGUUGGGGCUUGCUGGUGAUUUGCCAGGAGUCAUUGAGUUGUUGGAAUGGAUGAUACUUAAUAGGGAAGAAAUGAAACAUGGCCACGACAUACGAUCGGUGUUCGUUGGUAUUGUUCACUUUCUCGGAAGCUUGGGUGAGGCCGAGCCGCUCUUGCAGAAGGGCGCUGGUAUCUGGGGAGGCUGGCCACAAGCCAAAGAGAUUGAGCAUUAUCGUCAACAUGGUUUACAAAGUUGA